GGAGUCGUAAGCUCGGUGAGGCAGAGCUGCUCCGGAGCCUGCACUCGGUGUAUUAGGCAAGCCGAGGACUUGAAGAGCCCCGCGCGAGCGUCUUCGUCCCUUCUACAAAUGGCUGAACAGCCGCUGGUUUCUGUGAAGCGAGAAGGUCCUUCUGGGGCUGGCGCAAGGAUUGGAGGUCGAGGCGCUCCCGAGGAUGCAGAGCGUGAGGCACUGGAGUCUCUGCUAACCCUGAGGCAAAUUGCAGCGGGUGGAUCAGGUGCCGAUCGUGGUCAACACGCAGAGCACGCAGAUACCCGUGCAAUCGGGCCGAGCUCGCGGCCAAGCAGCGGUGCUGCGGCUUCGAUUGCCCAUGCUGAAUCACGGGGUAAUAGCUUGACGGGCAAGAAGCGCAAGCCCUUUACUGACGCGGACCUGGCAGGCGGCCAGGCGCCGCUGGCCGCUGGGGGACGGCCCCUCCCCUCCUUCCGCUCGGGGGAUGGGCACCAGUUGGCGGCAGCCGCAGCAGAGGCAAUGCAAUGGCAGCUGCAGCAGCAACAGCUGGCAGCCGUGGAUGCCUGGCGCCAAGGCGAGCUGGCGGCGGCGCUAGCUGGGUCGGCGCCGGGUAACGGCUGGCCGCGUGGAGACCGCAGCGGCGGCGCCAUUGGCCUGGACGGCGCGGGGCCCGGCAGUGGCGACACGCCGCCCUCAGCCAAACGCAUGCACAUGCAGCAGCAGCAGCACCAACAGCUGCAGCUUCAACAGCUGCAGCAGCUGCAGCAGCUGGCGCUGCUGCGGGACGCGGGGGCGCUGGGGCCAGCGGGCCCUGGCGCGCGGCAGCCGCCGAGCCCCGCCGGCGCGCCAGGCGGAGCCGGCGGCGGCGGUGGCGGCCGCGGCGGCGCUGUGGGCGUGUUCGGCCCUCUGUCUGAGGGGCUUGCGGCGCAGCUGGCUACGGUGGUCGGGCAGCACGCAGCAGGGCCGGGCGGGGCACACGGGGGCGGGGGGCAGGGGGAGCGGCUGCUGACGAGGCAGGACCGCCAGCCGUCUCUGCCGGGCACCUCCGGAGGCGGCGCCGGCGGCGCGCCGCGUAUCAUGCAGGCCGCCGCUGCAGCGGCUGCCGCCGCCGCCGGCGCGCCCGGAGGCCGCCCGCAGCCGCCGCCGCACUCGCCUCUUGGCAACUCCGACACCGGCUCCGACCCGGGCUCACCGGCGGGUUGGCGCCAGCAACAGCAUAACCACCAGCAGCACCAACACCAGCACCAGCACCAGCAUGUGGGCGGGACGGCCGGCGGCGGCCUUUACGGCUCACCGAGUCGGAUGGCGGGUGGUGGGCCGAACCGGCCUGGCUCGGAUGGGCAGCCGCGCAUAGGCGGAGGCGGAGGUGGCGGUGUGGAGGAGGCGCCGGAGGAGGGGCCGCCGGGCGCCAACCGCGCGGGCUCGGUUGUUUCGCUCCUGCACAUGCUGGCUAUCCACCAGCAGCAACAGCAACAGCAGCAGCAGCAGAAAGGGCAGGGACAGGCCCGGGCGCCCCUUCCCACGGAGCUCGGCGACCGGGCGCCCAUCCUCCAGGACCUCAGGGGCCACGGGGCAGGCCGUGGCGGCGCUGGGAGCCGCAUGGACGGCCCCGGCGGCCCCGGCGGCCCGGGGCCGCUGCCGGCGCAGGCGGGGGCGGCGCCGCGCUACGGACCGUACGAGCCGUCGCAGCGGCGCGUGUCCAUGCACCAACAGGACGACCUGCCGCGGGGUGCGCUGCAGCGACAGCUGUCGCACCCUGGUACACGCGAUCUGACUAUGGCCGACGUGGCGGCGGCGGCGGCUGUGGCGGCCGGCCCGGCCGCCGCCAUGCGGGGCGGAGCCGCAGCGGCGGCAGUUGGCCACGGCGACGGCAGCGGCAUGCAGGUCGAUGCGGGCGCCUCGCCCCACAUGCCACUGCGUCGGGUCACCAGCGGCGUUGCAGACGGCGUGUUCGGGCUUGCUGGCCUGAGCGGCCUCGGCAGCGGCGGCCCGGGGUCCGCUGGUAAUGGCCCGGGGUCAGCUGGCAAUGGCCCGGGGUCCGCUGGCACUGGCCCGGGGUCUGCUGGUAAUGGCCUGGGGUCCGCUGACCGCCAGCUUUCGCUGCAGUCGGCUAUGGCGGCUGAGAUGCGCGCAAUGGCGGCCGAUGGUGGCGACAGCGCAGGCGGCGCAGGCGGGCGCAACGUCCAGGCCUCCCUAGCUGCCAUCGAACGAAAGUUGCUGCUUCAGGAGGAGCGGCUGAUGUUCGAGCUGAAGCAGGUGCGGCUGAUGCAGAAGCUGCUGCACGUGCAGCAGAUGAAGGCCAUGGUGCGGGAAGCCAUGGAGCAAGGCCCCGGCGGCGGACCCGGCGGCAGAGACGACGGCGAGGAUGUCGCCAUGACCGACGCCGUCGCCGGCGGCGCGGGUGUGGACCGAAGCCUGUCUGGGCGUGGCCUGGAGCGGAGGCUGUCGGGACGCGGCGUGUCCCUGACGGCGGCGGAUGUGGCAGAGGCGUCGGGCGUUGCGGCGGCAGAGGCAAGGCUGAUGGCGGCGCGCGGUGGCGGCGGUGGCGGCACCGCCGCCGCCGAGGGCGCCGCUGCGCCGCCGCCGCCGCUGCCGGCGUCGCUAUUGCACGGCGAGCGGCAGGCCGGCGUUGAGCGAGGCGCUGGGGACCGGGCGUCGGGCCCCCCGCCCUCGCAUGGCGCGGCGGGUAACGGCCGGCAUGCUGGCGACGGCCGCGGGGGUGCUGGUGCGAGGCCUGGUGAUGUGGACAUGGAGCGCGGCGGGAAGGAUGGGCAGGCAACUGCUACGCCCCCGUUGCACCCUCAGCCGCCCGGCCAGCGAGGCGCCCCGCCCCACUCUCAGCAGGAGCCGCAGCCGUUGGAGCACAUGCACCCGGCCACGCGGCCGGCUGACGUGUCAGCGAGCCCGGCUGCGCCUGCUGCGGCGGCUGAUGCCAAAGCUGGGGCAGGCGCUGGCAAUGCUGGCGGCGGCGCUGGCGGUAGCGGCGGCAGCGGUGGCGGCGGUGGUGGCGGCGGUCAUGACGAUGAGAUGGAUGUGCAGCCCUCGGGCCCAGCUGCCGCACCAGCGGCGCCGGCCACGGAGGACGGCGCUGAGCCUCACCGCUCGGCAGCUGCGCCGGCUGCGCCCGGCUCCCGCCCACAGGCCAGUCCGUCACACGGACUCUCCGAGCCGCCAGCAGACGAUGCAAGCCGCUCACCGGCUGCUGCUGCUGCUGCCGGCAGUGGUACUGCUGGUGCGAACGGUGGUGGCGGCAGUGGCAAUGGCGGCGGCGGCCGGCUGCUUUCGUACAUGGCGGCUCUCUCUGCCAAGGGCGGCGCCGCCGGCGGCGCUGCGGCUGGAGGAGCAGAGGGCCGCUCGGCGCUUGCGCAGCAGUACAGAGCCCAGCUGUCGACUCGGCCCGGCGGUGGCGGCGGCGGCGGUGGCGGCGGCGGCGGCGGCGGCGGCGGCGGCGGCGGCGGCGGCGGCUCGGGAGGUAACAGCGGCGGCAACAGCGGUACCAGCACGCCGCCCGGCGGCAUCGGCGGCGCGCGGGCGCCAGGACCCGGCAGCUGUCUGCCGUCGCAGCCGCCGCAGAACGGCGGUCGGCUCUCCGAGGCAGAUGCCGCCGGCCGCGGGGGCGCGGGCGGAGGCGGGGGCGGAGGCGGGGGUGGAGGCGGGGGCGAGACCGUUGCUGAGGGUGGUGCUGAGCGGCGCGCUGGCAGUGGCGGUGGCAGCGGUGGCCAUGCAGGGGACGAUGCGGCUGCGCUGCGCCAACAGCUUCUAGCGGCAUUGAUGCAGCAGUCGAAGGAGCAAGGCGCCAAGGAGGAAGGAAGCGCGCCGUCCGCGGAGGGCGGCAGCGGCGUGAGCAACGUCCCCUGAACACACUUGCUCUUAUCGCAUCGCGGAACACGCGAACAGGGCGCUUUAUGAGCAUGUCUGCCCCUCCACGAGCAGCGGACAUGGCUUGUGUGAUUGUCUCGCGGAAGCAUUGAUGUUGCACAACGCGCUGUUGCUAUUGCACGACGAGGUUGCAUCAGGCUAUGGCCUGCCUGCAGGUUUCACCGCAAGCGUGCAAUGGCGGGACACGCAUGGUGGUGGGGUCAACCUGAAGCUACCAGAUCUGUGCUAGGUCAUAUUAUUCUUGCUUAACGAAGACUGCAUUCAUGGCACUGGGAGGAGCUGGCUGGCAGUAUCAUGCAUAUGUGUGUCCGCGUGUGAGUGUGCACCCGUUGUUUGCCCUAGAUGACUGGUUACUGCUUGCGGGUUGGCUUGUGCAGGAGGGGUUCCUUUUGUAGAAAGGGCACACGCGUUUGGCUUCCUAAACGUUUCUCGCGCCCUACUGACCUAAGGGUCAGGCCUGGGGCAGAGCAGAGUUAGUCCAUGUAGUCCGUACGGUGCUUGACUGCUUCCAAACGUGCGGUACAUCUCCGUACCCAUCACCGUUGUCGCCUGAGCCAAAAGCUGUGGAUGGGCCAGCUAAUUGGGGGGGGGGUGGGGAGUUGCUUGAAGUAAUGAGCUGUGUGUAGCACAGUAGCAUGGACACGCGGACUGAGGCACCGUGGCAGGCCAACAGAUAUCUUGGGCUCUACGAGUGUGGGUGGGGGCGUGAGAGCCUAAGCUUGCACGGCCUUGACGCACAACGGGAGUAGUACAGUCCUCGUGGCCAGGGUUGAAUUAUGAUACUGACGGGAGCACAGGGUCACAGAUGGCAACUUUGCUUUGCAUUUGUCACGAGGCACCGUGACACGCUUGUGACGAGCGUGCGUGCGUAAUCCGUAUUACGGGAGUACCUGUGGGGGAGGAUGAUGGAGGCUAUUACAGCGCUCGCUUAUAAAACGCCAUUGUGGUUGCGGUCAGGGUACAAGGCCAGGCGAGCACCCUGUCAUCGCUCAAGCUGUGGCGCGCUCACGCUCGGCAGGUCCACGAUGGAGGCGAACCUGGGCGAACUAGGCGGGGCGCUGGGCCCGAAGCAGGAAGGGCGCGUCAGACUAAAUGAACGAGCACACAUUUUUCACAGGGGCGCCCCCAACUACUCUCAUCGCGAAUGUGAAUGAAGUCGUGUGAGCUUACCGGUUUCGGUGACAAACUUGACGAAAGCCGCGGGGGUUUUGUCUACCCUUCGCGAACGAAAUACCGUAUCUCAAUUCCAUUGUUUGCUGCAGCCCCUGUUUCGCCAGGCUUUGCCCUGCCGGACGACACCGCAGCGGUCAAGCUUCAGUUCAUGUCCCGAAGCUCGAAUGCAACUGUAAUGCGGAGCAUGU